ACCCCGGCGGGGUCCUCCCAGCAGACAUUCAAGAGGCGUCACGACUUGACUUUCUGGUUAGCUGUUCACACCAAAAUCAAUGGGAAUCGUCUUUCACUGCAGCUUGUAACACGAUAGACAGCUUUCAGCGAUGAUCCUCAGCUCCAUCAACAAGACUCGUGUCGCCCUUGGCGCCCUCUUCGGGCAUGUGAGACGUGCUGGACCAGGAGCCCAGAGUGCCAGGAGGCAGCUGUGCAGCAAACCGCAGCAGAGCCACUCCGAACCCACAGCCCAGUCUGCACUCCCAAACUCCGGAGAGGCAGUCCAGCCAGGCUUCAAAAUACCUGGAUACAAGCUGUCGGAUUUCGAUAAGAAAAUCCUGCUUUGGGCCGGUCGCUUCAAGACCAAGGAGCAGAUACCAGAGAUUGUGUCGUUUGAGAUGAUUGAUGGUGCAAGGAACAAGGUUCGUGUGAAGGCGUGCUACGCCAUGAUUGUCCUCACAGUAGUGGGCUGUCUGGGAAUGGUCAUCCUGGGCAAGCAGGCGGUUGGGCGUCACGAGUCCCUGACGAGCUUGAAUAUGGAGAAGAAGGCCCGCUGGAGACAGGAGGCGCAGAGGGAGACCGAGGCCGCCGCCGUCGUCGUCGCUGGAGAGAAGACGCAGUAGAGGAGUCCCCUACUGCAGCUGUGGGCCCCUCUGCUGGGAGAGCCGACCCUCCCCACGCGCUCUGUGUUCCACCUCUGCCCGUCUUGUCCUAGUCUUUUAGAACGUCUCCUCGGGCAAAGAACAAAUCAGUAGGACUCUUUUAUUUAGGACCUGUGGGGGUUGGACUCGCCACAUAUUAACCAAGAAAUUUAACAGGUACAAAAAAUGCAGAGGCACGACUUGUACCUGUGAUAACUAGCGCAGCCUUCACGGUAUCAGGUUUUUGAAGAGCUGUGGCUGUUUUCUAGAAAAUAUCAAUGGGCUGAAAUGGAAUUCAUUUCAGUUCAUCUGUUUUGGAAUUCCACCGAAGUGCUUUUAUGAAAACUAGUUUUAGAAAGUAUGAUGCAUAUCCUGUGGAAGAAGCAGUUUGAGGACAGUUGGGAGUCAUUUUUCGGGGGGUGGUAACGGGCUGAGGAUUCGAGUGCAUGAGGAAGUAUAAUUUAGCUGCGGGCUGGACAGGAAGGGGGCAGUCUUCCUGUCCAGCCCAGGUCCAGAAGACACCUGUUCUCCGGGCCCCUCCCACACACACACACACACCGCACAAGUCAGCUCAAGACGCGUCACAAACGGGAGGAGCCCAUUCAGCCUAUCUUACACGUUUGACAAUUAAUGGUUAAUUGAUCCCAGGACCUCAUCUAGUCUUUCUUGAGAGAAGCGCACGGCAGGGUAGCGUCUUCCCCACGCUCACAGCUAUUCGGGUGAGGAAGUGUCCAGUGUUGUGCGGUUUUAAAUGCACUUGCACGUAGCCUUCACUUAAAAAAGUACAAAAGUAAUGUACAGUCAGAUCUGCACUGUUGGUCUAAAUCCUUCUUGUAAUGUUCUUCUUAUAUGAAAUAUUCACCCCCCCCCCCGUAUCCAAAAAUAUUUAAAAGUAUGAAUGCUUUAGUUUCACAAGUAUAUUUCUAUUUCUUUUGCUCUAGGGCAGAAUCAGGACUAGGUAAAUGUAAUAUAUAGAAGUGAAGUUUUUUAUAUCGCCAGACUAUUGAUAAGUAUUUCUCACUUGACAUUAGAGCUCUCUCAGUGGUCAAGAUACAGAAGCACUACUGAAGUGGCAGGUAAAGUGUUCACAAAGACCUGUCAGUUAAAAACAGGAUCAUUCGGAAACGGCACAUGCACACAGGUAAACAGGACACCAAGAACGCGACGGUUUUCAUGAAAGCAGCAUUUAUGCAAAUGACAUAGAUCACAUUUACACAUUUCUCAAUAUAACAAAGUAUUGAACAUCAGAUAUUGGUCAAUCUCUCUGGAAGAAUCCAACAGAAAAUUAAAUUAACUUGGUAAACAAAUUCAUAGCUUAUUAUUAGCCAUUAAAACUAUUUCAGGUCUGAGCCAGCUAUGGUUUCUCUUAGUUUUUGUAAUGCAAUGCGGCACCUUCAGUCCAGACAAAUAAAGCAAAGAAAACGGUUUUACGAGAAACGCAUAUCUGGCCUCAUUUUCUGUCAAAUAUUUUUCCAAUAAAACAUUUCUGACAAGUAA